CUUGGAUAAUUCGCUUGGAUAAUCUUGAAGAGAGGGAGAAUCGCAGCCGGUGAGCAGAAAGUGGAUUUCCUGGGAAAGCAGAGAGAUCCGGGAGACGUGGAAUUGGCUGUGAGAAGAGCACAUGCGUUAAUGACCAUAUAAGGCAACAUGGAUUUGUACCAUGAGAUCUAUCUCGAUAUCAUCCGGAAGCUGCAGGAGGAGCAGCAAUUGGACAAGGUGUCCCACGAUCUGCUGGAAAUGAGAAAGAAGAACCAGCCAAACAGUGAUAAAAUCGAUUAUGUGUAUGAAUUACUGAGAGAUCAGCAACUUCUUCCGGAGGCUGGAUAUCUUGAGGAGGAGAAAGAUGAUGCCAAAUCUGAGGAAUUCCGACAAGUGGGUAACUCGUUCUUCUCUCUCAAAGCUCAGGAGUAUACGCAGGCCAUCAAGGCGUACAACAGAAGCAUUUGCUAUGCGAAAUCCACGGAGAAUCUCAGCAUUGGAUUGGCAAAUCGUUCGGCUGUGUUCUUCGAGUUGGGAAUGUUCCAGGAAUGCCUGGAGAGCAUCAGACUGGCCAGAGAGAUGGGCUAUCCUGAGCGACUGAAGGAGAAGCUGGAGCGAAGAGAGGCAAAGUGUUGUGAAGAGCUGAAAAUGUGUGCUUCCAAGAAGGAAAAAUACGUGCCAACAAUCAAACUGCCGGUGAAUGAGAAGAUUCCCUUCCUGGCCAAGUGUCUAGCACUGCGGGAGGACAGUCAGUUCGGGAGACACGUGGUGACGGAGCAAGACAUCGCUGCAGGCACUGUGAUUGCCGUGGAGGAGCCUUUCUGCAAGAUCCUCGCGGACGAGGAGAAGUACAUGCGAUGCGCCAAUUGUCUGGCCGAAGUUCCUCACCUCCUCCUGCCCUGCAACAACUGCACGCAAACGAUGUUCUGCUCCAAGGAGUGCCAGGAGCGCGCUCAUGGAGACUUUCACGUGUUCGAGUGUCCAAUUAGUGGAUCUCUGUUCAAGAUCCUCGACAUGAGUCUUCUGGUUGUCUUCCGAACGGCUAUUUAUGCCUUCUGCGCCUUUCCAGAUACAGCUCAAAUUGACCAAGAGCUGCAGCACAUCGACAAGGAGCAGAAGAAUGUGUUCAGCUUCGAUUGGAGUGGGGAAAUGACGCCGGUCGAGCGAUACACGCCCAUCCACACGCUGGCCACGAACGAGCAUCUCCGCAGCGCGGAUUAUCUCUUCAAGAAGUACACCAUCGCGUCGCUGAUGUUCCAUCUGCUCAAGGAGUGCUCGCUGCCCUUUGCACAGCGCUUCCUCGCCACGCGCGAGGCGCAGCAGGCGCUGAAGAACGUCCUGUUCAGACACAGCCUCACCGGACCGACCAACAUGCACAGCAUUCACGUGAUUGAGGACACCAGCAAUCCCGAGACGCCGACGGAGUUCGGUGUGGCCGCCUAUGGCUUCCACAGCCUCAUCAAUCACGCUUGCUCGCCCAACGUCACGCGCAUCUGUGUGGGCACUGGCUCAGCCGUGAUCACGCUGAAGAGCAUCGCGGCCGGCGAGCAGAUCCUGGACAACUACGGCUACCACCACAGCCUGAUGGACAAGGAGGCGCGCCAGAAAGAGACGCACCGCCGCUAUCAAUUCGUCUGCCAGUGCCGCGCGUGCCUGGAAAACUUCCCCAUGUACUCCGCCCUGCCGGUGCCGCUGCACGUGCCCGAGCCGCUGCCGCUGCACAACCAGACGCCCGCCUUCCAGUACUCACGCGAGUUCGGCCAGAAAGGCACCGGCCGCAUCGUGAAGUUCAUCCGCCAGUACGGCCAUCUCUAUCCCAUCCUGCAGCUCUGCACGGCCGAGGAGGGCCUCAAGUUCUGCCUCAACAUCCUGUGCGGCAACGUGCCGCUGCACCUCAGGGAGCGCGUGAGGAAAAAUGCCAAGUAA